GGCGGGGGUGAGUCGGAGGGAGCGAAGAUCGACGCCAGCAAGAACGAGGAGGACGAGGGGUGAGCGCGGGGCUUCUCUGUGCGCGGGGCGGCCCGGUUUGUUUACAUGGCGCCGCGGGGACUCCGUGCCUGCGCGGGGCUGUCCGGGGGGACGUGCGUCGUUUAUGUGAGUCGGCGACCGCCCCGCAGCCCGCUGGUGGUCGUAGUUGAGUGCUGUUCGGCCCGCGGGAGGGGUUUUCUGACCUGUCACUUCUCGGGCUGGGGGAAAGGCAGCGUUCUGACAGCUCGUCCGGACGCUGGGGGAACGCUGAGCACCCUCCGUGCUAAGCCCGGGUACGGUAGGGUUUUCCGUCUGCGUUUGGGAUCAGAGAGGGUUUUCUGCCCAAAAGGGGGCACUUGUUCUUCUACCCUCAAGUUCUCCCGUUUGCCGACUGUGGACCUGGGAUAUCCCUAUGUUGGCAACGGCCGGGAAACUUCCUGAUCGGCCUGCAGCCGCCGGGCUGUUGUGUGCUGCGUCUGAAGCUUGGCAGCUGUGCCUGCGCGCUUCUCAGUGCUUAGUCUGGAAAGAAGCAUACACCGAUGUGUCCUAAACCAGCUAAAUCGGCCUUUGGGAAGCAUCCGUAUUUUCCUUGCUUUUGAUGGCCCCGUGGCAUUGCAUGUAGGAGUUCGUUGUGUGCCCACAAUAUUGUAGCUUUGCGAUGGUUGUCCAGUUUUUGCUGCUUUGUUACCACAUUUCCAUAUACAGUUUUGCCCCGUGCUGGAAAAGCCCUUUGGAAGGGCAUCGAUUUCAGGCUCCUGUUUAUGGACUGUCAUGAGCUCAGUGAUAGAAAGCAGAGGCUUGUAAGCUCGUGCUAGUUGCUCUGUUGAUAGCUGUAAAAGAGAUGCUUUGUAUGUCACGUAGCACGUGUAGGUUCAGAAGGAACUACCAGAGAAUCAGUAUUCCUCCCCUCCAUAUCAGAAAUAGGAUGCUACAUUUUCAGCCUGCCCUAUGUUUUGCUGCCUAGAACAAAAACAAACACAACCACUGAUAAAUCUGUGGGAUUACUGAGCCCUACUAGUAGGAGCUGCUGUUUUUCCAGCAUGGACUGGUUUCUUUUUCUAUGCUGCUUCCCAGACCAGCAUGGUAGGACUUGUAUGUUUUUUGGAGAGAGAGCUGGGAAGGGUAUAGAGGAUUGGUGCUCCUGUUCACUAAUUAAACAACUUAAUUUAGAAACACCUGAACCUUGUGAACCCCCCCAUACACCUGAGGUUUGUCAGAAGCUGAUGUUCUUGUUUAUUUUAUAAGAGCACAGCCAAUUCAACAAGGAGCGAGUUCACGUGAGCAGCGUGGGUUUGGGAGAGUCAGGCAUGUGGAAGUGCACCACAAUUGGUGCAGGAAUAUUGGCACACAGAGAGCGGAGGAGAUGGAAAUGGGCUCACGUGGCUUCUCAGGUCUUCUGAAAAUGUUUAUUGGUGGCCUCAGCUGGGACACUACCAAGAAAGAUCUGAAGGACUACUUCUCUAAAUUUGGUGAAGUCGUAGACUGCACUCUGAAGCUGGAUCCCAUCACUGGGCGAUCAAGAGGCUUUGGCUUUGUGCUCUUCAAGGAAUCGGAGAGUGUAGAUAAGGUCAUGGACCAGAAAGAACACAAGCUGAAUGGGAAGGUUAUUGAUCCUAAAAGAGCUAAAGCCAUGAAAACAAAAGAACCUGUUAAAAAGAUUUUUGUUGGGGGCUUAUCUCCAGAUACACCUGAAGAGAAAAUAAGGGAGUACUUUGGAGCUUUUGGUGAGGUUGAGUCUAUAGAGCUUCCCAUGGACAACAAAACUAACAAGAGGCGUGGAUUCUGUUUCAUUACCUUCAAGGAAGAGGAACCAGUGAAGAAAAUCAUGGAGAAGAAAUACCACAAUGUUGGGCUUAGUAAAUGUGAAAUAAAAGUAGCCAUGUCAAAGGAACAGUACCAGCAGCAGCAGCAGUGGGGGAGCAGAGGAGGGUUUGUGGGAAGAGCUCGAGGAAGAGGCGGCGGCCCCAGUCAAAACUGGAACCAGGGCUACAGCAACUACUGGAAUCAGGGGUAUGGGAACUAUGGCUACAACAGCCAAGGGUACGGAGGUUAUGGAGGAUAUGACUACACGGGCUACAACAACUACUACGGAUACAGUGACUAUAGCAAUCAGCAGAGUGGUUAUGGGAAAGUAUCUCGGCGAGGCGGUCAUCAAAAUAGCUACAAACCAUACUAAAUUAUUCGGUUUGCAACUUACCCCAACCAGGUGGAGAAGCAGUAUUUUCUCAUUUGAAGACUGAUUUGAGGUGGCACAUGCUACCUGCAGCUCAGACUAGUUUUUGUACGAAGUUCAUGAAUUGGAAGUAAGACGUUGGGUCCCUCUGAAGUUUGAGUUUUCAUUUAAAACAAAAUUGCUUUCACGGUCUUAUUUUUUAAUUACUAUGCUUAAGAAUCAAUUUGUUUUAUGCCCCUUUCUCAGUAUUGUAGCGCAAGUCUUGUGUUUAAAAGCCCAGUGUGAUGGUGUCAUGAUGUAGUAGUGUCUUACUGGUUUUUUAAUAAAUCUUUUUGUAUAAACGUG